AUGGCGGCCGCAGGCUCCACGCCAUCUGCCGCCGAACACACACGGCGCUUUGUGACGGCGCUGGACGUGGAGCACAUUAAACAGAUACUGGAGGCGGCUGUGGACGGCUGUGGACAGCUGUGGACGGCGGUGGACGGCGGUGGACGCCUGUGGACGGCGGUGGACGCCUGUGGACGGCGGUGGACGCCUGUGGACGCCUGUGGACGGCUGCGGACAACCUGUGGACGGCUGUGGACGGCUGUGGACGGCGGUGGACGCCUGUGGACGGCGGUGGACGCCUGUGGACGCCUGUGGACGGCUGCGGACAACCUGUGGACGGCUGUGGACGGCGGUGGACGCCUGUGGACGGCUGCGGACAACCUGUGGACGGCUGUGGACGGCUGCGGACAACCUGUGGACGGCGGUGGACGCCUGUGGACGCCUGUGGACGGCUGCGGACAACCUGUGGACGGCUGUGGUAUAUGCACAGGCGAUGUUCCUGAGUGCGCAGCUUGUGCAUUCGAGCUCCUCAGCCCUGCCUUUGAUACCGAGCGGGGGUCACAGGGUGUGGAGGAGCACCCCUGGGGGUCUCCCUACAGAGGAGGAAAUGGCAGCGUGGGGAGAGAGAGUGCAAGCGGGCGAGCGUUUGACAGGCUUCACGCCGGCGGAAGCGAGGCGCGGCGUUUACCUGCUAUCAGUCUGUCUGGCGGAGGGGGAGCGAGGCUAAAUAACACAGGAUACAGCGCAUCAGAGAGAGGCCGAUCCACAGCCGUCGUCUCGAGUCGAGUGUGA